AUGGAGCGGCUUUGGGGUCUACUCCAGAGAGCGCAACAGUUGUCCCCACAACCCUCUCAGACCAUCUACAAGCGUGUGGAAGGCACUCAGCAGGGGCACCUGGAGGAGGAAGAGGAGGACGGAGAGGAGGGGCCUGAGGCACGGGCCCACUUCUGCCCCAUGGAGCUGACCGGCCCUGAGCCCCUGGGCUAUAGACCAGGGCGGCAAAACCUGGUACCCUGGGCAGCAGCAGGACGAAGGGCUGCCCCCUACCUGGUCCUGACAGCCUUACUGAUCUUCACUGGGGCCUUUCUUCUGGGUUACGUGGCCUUCCGAGGGUCCUGCCAGGCAUGCGGGGACUCCGUGUUGGUGGUCAGUGAGGACGUCAACUAUGAGUCCGGCCUGGACUCCCGCCAGGGCACAUUGUACUGGAGUGACCUCCAGGCCAUGUUCCUGCAGCUCCUGGAGGAGGGGCGCCUGGAAGACACCAUUAGGCAAACCAGCCUUCGGGAACGGGUGGCCGGCUCAGCCGGGAUGGCCGCCCUGACUCAGGACAUCAGCGCGGCGCUGUCGCGCCAGAAGCUGGACCACGUGUGGACCGAUACGCACUACGUGGGGCUGCAGUUCCCCGACCCGGCUCACCCCAACACCCUGCACUGGGUCGAUGCGGCCGGAAAGGCCGGGGAGCAGCUGCCGCUGGAGGACCCCGAUGCCUACUGUCCCUACAGCGCCACGGGCAACACCACGGGAGAACUGGUGUACGCCAACUAUGGGCGGCCGCAGGAUCUGCAGGAGCUGCGCGCCAGGGGCGUGGAGCCGGCGGGCCGCCUCCUGCUGGUGCGCGUGGGGGCGACCAGCUUUGCGCAGAAGGUGGCCAGUGCCCAGGACUUUGGGGCCCGAGGAGUGCUCAUAUACCCCGACCCAGCAGACUUCUCCCAGGACCCACUUAAGCUGAGCCUGUCCAGCCACCGGGCUGUGUAUGGACAUGUGCACCUGGGAACUGGGGACCCCUACACACCUGGCUUUCCUUCCUUCAAUCAAACCCAGUUCCCUCCAGUUGAAUCCUCUGGCCUCCCCAGCAUCCCAGCCCAGCCCAUCAGUGCAGACAUCGCCUCCCACCUGCUGAGGAAGCUUGAAGGCCCUGUGGCCCCCCAGGAAUGGCAGGGGCACCUCCCAGGCUCCCCUUAUCGCCUGGGUCCCGGGCCAGGCCUGCAGCUAGGAGUCAACAACCACAAGGUUUCCACCCCCAUCAGCAACAUCUUUGGCUGCAUUGAGGGCUUCUCAGAGCCAGAUCACUAUGUUGUCAUCGGGGCCCAAAGGGAUGCAUGGGGCCCAGGAGCAGCCAAGUCUGCUGUGGGGACUGCCAUACUGCUGGAGCUGGUGCGGACCUUUUCCUCCAUGCUGAGCAACGGAUUCCGGCCCCGCAGAAGUCUUCUCUUCAUCAGCUGGGAUGGAGGCGACUUUGGGAGUGUGGGCUCCACAGAGUGGCUGGAGGGCUACCUCAGCGUGCUGCACCUCAAAGCCGUAGUCUAUGUGAGCCUGGACAACGCAGUGCUGGGGGAUGACAAGUUCCACGCUAAGACCAGCCCCCUUCUGAUCAGCCUUAUUGAGAACAUCCUGAAGCAGGUGGACUCUCCUAACCACAGUGGACAGACCCUCCAUGAGCAGUUGGUGUUCACCAAUUCCAGCUGGGAUGCUGAGGUGAUCCGGCCCCUGCCCAUGGACAGCAGCGCCUAUUCCUUCACUGCCUUUGUGGGGGUCCCUGCCGUGGAGUUCUCCUUUAUGGAGGACGACCAGGCCUACCCGUUCCUGCACACGAAGGAGGACACAUAUGAGAACCUGCACAAAAUGCUGCGAGGCCGCCUGCCCGCGGUGGCCCAGGCUGUGGCCCAGUUGGCUGGGCAGCUCCUCAUCCGGCUCAGCCACGAUCACCUUCUGCCCCUGGACUUUGGCCGCUACGGGGAAGUGGUCCUCAGGCACAUCGGCAGCCUCAACGAGUACUCUGGGGACCUCAAGGCCCGCGGGCUGACUCUGCAGUGGGUGUACUCUGCGCGGGGGGACUACAUCCGGGCUGCGGAGAAGCUGCGGAAGGAGAUAUACAGCUCGGAGCAAAGCGACGAGAGGCUGAUGCGCAUGUACAACGUGCGCAUUAUGCGGGUGGAGUUCUACUUCCUGUCCCAGUAUGUGUCGCCGGCCGACUCCCCUUUCCGCCACAUCUUCCUGGGCCGUGGAGACCACACCCUGGGAGCCCUGCUUGACCACCUGCGGCUGCUGCGCACCGGCGGCUCCGGGGUCCCUGGGGCCAGAUCCUCAGCGGCGGCGCCCGGCCUAGGCUUCCAGGAGAGCCGCUUCCGGCGCCAGCUGGCCCUGCUCACCUGGACUCUGCAGGGGGCAGCCAACGCGCUUAGCGGGGAUGUCUGGAACAUUGAUAACAACUUCUGA